CUCAUCCAGCACGGACAGGAAAGUGCGCUCGAGCUACUGGAACCAGACAUGCUCGAAGCCACUAUCUCCGCAUACACUUGGCACUUACGUCGACAUUGCUGCCGAAAGAUUUGGUGAUCGUGUUGGCUGGUCAUUUCUUCAAGAAGGCAAGCACUGCACCUUCAGGGACUUCAAACAGCAGGUUGACCGAGUGGCGCAAGGUCUGCUGUCUCUUGGGUUCAGCAAGGGAGACACAUUGUUAAUAUGGGCUCCGAACAGCUUCAACUGGAUUCUAAUGGCUGCUGCCUCAGCCAAAAUUGGAGUAAUUUCAGCUAGUUGCCAUUUUGCACUGACGGCAGCUGAAUUCGAAAGGUGCCUCCUGACUGUGGGCUUCAAAGGAGUCUUCAUUGCAGAGUCAUUCAAGGUGUUCAACUACUACGACAUGCUCUCCUCAAUAAUACUCGAACUCAGACACUGCAAGCCUGGACAGUUGAGUUGUUCAAAAUAUCCAUUCUUAAGAGCAGUCAUUGCAGGUGGUAACCAAAAAGCACCAGGCUGCACCCCUUUGCAUGAGCUCAUGCAGAGUGAAGGAAAAGAACUUCGCGAAGCCCAGGAAAAAGUCGGCAUGGACGAUCCUUUCACCAUCCUGUUUACCUCGGGAACCACCGGUACUCCGAAGGCUGCCACGAUUAGUCAUCACAACUUCGUCAACAACGUCAUUGCAUUCCACUACAAAUCGAACAUGACUGAGGAUAUGGUGAUGUGCGUUCCUCUCCCAUUCUUUCAUGUGUACGGGCUGAGCGUUGUUCUUGGUCGGACUUUAAUACCGGGUAUCAAGACGGUAGUACCAACGCCCAGCUACGACCUAACUGCUAUGUUCAAGGCCAUCCAAGAGCACAGAUGUACAGACAUUUGCGGAUCCCCCACAAUGUACGUGGAUAUGAUAAAAAGCUCCCUGCUCAAGAAUUACGACCUUUCUUCGCUAAAAAGGG